AAGAAUGUGGUACUCACGGGAAGAUCUCUCCCUAGUUCAAAUUAUUAAUGCAGUUCAAAGCUCUUGAAUUUUGUCACCCUGCAAUGGCUGCCAAGUCCAUCUUUUUGCUCUUUCUCCACAUCUUUAUGGCUCUCAUUAUUUCUAUCAGCACUUGUUAUGGUGGUUCUACAGAUAAGACCAAGGAUCUUUACAUUGUUUACAUGGGUUCACUUCCAGAGAGUGACUACUCACCCCUUUCCCACCAUCUCAGUCUUCUUCAAGAAGUUCUUCGAGAAAGUGCUGCCAGUGACUCAUUUGUCAGAAGCUACAAUAGGAGUUUCAAUGCAUUUGCAGCAAGGCUCAGUGGUGAAGAGCACAAAAAAAUUGCCAGCAAGGAAGGGGUGGUAUCUGUGUUUCCAUCUAGGACCCUCCAACUUCAAACAACAAGAUCAUGGGAAUUCAUGGGUUUUCCUGAAAAUGUAGAUAGAAACCUCACUGUUGAGAGUGAUAUAAUAAUUGGUGUCAUUGAUAGUGGAAUCUGGCCUGAGUCUGACAGUUUUAGCGAUGAAGGUUAUGGUCCACCUCCUAAGAAAUGGAAGGGGACUUGUGAUGGAGGCCUCAACUUCACUUGCAACAAUAAGAUCAUUGGAGCUCGAUUUUACACAUUAGACAUUCACAGUAAUUCCGCAAGGGAUGAAGAAGGCCACGGUAGCCACACUGCCUCAAUAGCAGCUGGUAACAAAGUACCAGGUGCAAAUUUCUAUGGAUUGGCCAAUGGAAAUGCAAGAGGAGGAGUUCCAUCAGCAAGGAUCGCUACAUAUAGAAUCUGUGGUCCGGGAGGGUGCACAGAUGACAGUAUCCUUGGUGCGUUUGAUGAUGCUAUUGCAGAUGGGGUUGACAUCAUUACAAUUUCAGUUAGUGGAAGUCCAAGACCCUUCAAUUUUGAUUCUAUUGCUAUUGGUUCUUUUCAUGCAAUGGAAAAAGGUAUACUCACUGUUCAGUCUGCUGGAAAUGAUGGUCCUUUUCCAUCAACAGUAGGAAGUGUUGCACCAUGGUUAUUCUCCGUAGCAGCCAGCAGCACAGAUCGACGAAUCAUUGAUAAGGUUGUUCUUGGGAAUGGGAAGACCCUUAUUGAAAAUGCAGUUAAUUCUUUCACACUAAAAGGAGUGAAGUUCCCUCUCAUAAAGGGUGAAGAUGCUAAGAGUAAUUGUUCUGACGCUGAUGCUCGGCUUUGCAGUCACCUUUGUCUAGAUAGCAGCUUAGUGAAGGAAAAGAUUGUGGUCUGUGAUAAGUCAACAGGAUGGAAUGAAGCUUUCAGAGCUGGCGCCCUAGGGUCAAUCACCUUAGAUGAGGAUUAUUUUGUAGUUCCCUUACCUUCAUCUGGUUUAACUUCUCACAACCAUGAUUUGGUGAAGUCCUACAUAAAUUCUACAAAUAACCCGCAUGGAGAAAUUAUAAGAAGUGAAGCUAUCAAAGAUAUAGCUGCUCCUAAAUUUGCUUUCUUCUCUUCUCGUGGGCCAAAUUCAAUUUCUGACGAAAUUUUAAAGCCAGAUAUAACUGCCCCAGGAGUACAUAUUUUGGCAGCAUAUUCACCUGUUGCUUCACCAUCAAGUGCCCCUGGUGAUAAGAGGUCUGUCAAGUACAAUAUAAUGUCUGGAACCUCCAUGUCUUGUCCCCAUGUAGCUGGAGCAGCCGCUUAUGUUAAAUCAUUUCACCCUCAUUGGUCUCCUUCAGCCAUCAAAUCUGCUCUCAUGACCACUGCUUUGUCAAUGAAUGUCACAGAACAUUCUGAUGGUAAAUAUGAAGAUGGCGAAUUUGCUUAUGGUGCUGGCCAUGUCAAUCCAGUAAAAGCAAUAGACCCUGGUCUAUUGUAUGAUGCUUCUAAAGAUGAUUACGUGAAAAUGCUCUACAGUAUGCAAGUUCGUCUCUUCAGUCCUAGCCCCAAGGAGACUAAAGGUUCUCCAAAGGAUCUCAAUUACCCAUCAAUGCAAGCUCUUGUUAAAAUAGGCAUGCCUAUCACAGUUGAAUUCACCAGAACAGUGACAAAUGUAGGCCUUGCCAACUCCACUUACAAGUCAAAGAUCAUAGCAAAUUCUCAAAUUAAUGUUAGUGUGAAACCUAGCUCCAUCUCCUUCAAGUUAUUAUAUGAGAAGAAGUCUUUUAUUGUGAAAGUAUCGGGGGAAGCAUUAACAGCAAAGACAAGAAUUUCUGCAUCGCUCAUAUGGUCAGAUGGCACCCAUAAUGUGAAAAGUCCUAUUGUCAUGUACACACAGAAUCCAGAAGAAUAAGGGAUGAACUUAAUUGGUUAUGCAAGUGUUUUUAUUAGUAAAAAUUUGACCCAUAAAUGGUCCAGAAAAUUAUUUUUGAAGGUGUUGCAAUAUAUAUA